AGUCAGUGUUGUGAAAAAGCAAUUGUGUCGAUUGUGAUGACAACUUUGCAGAUAGGAGACCAGUAAAUGCUGGCUGACCCUCCCCCUGCAUCCUAAUUCUGUAGUAGUAAUAGUAGAAGUGAUGGUGUUUCCUUCAGGGUCAUUUUCCCCGUUACACUAUUACUGAGUUAUGGCUCCUGUAUUUGUUACGACGUGUGGACGUGUGUGGAUGUCUUGAUGUGUGCAAGCGCAUGUGGGCGUAUAUGGCUAUUUGUAUGGAUGUGAUGUUAUCUAACCUAUGGAUGCGUGUGGGCGAGUAUGAAUACAAAAUACGUAUAGGAUAUGUGUGGGGAUCCGUGGACGUGCAUUUUCUUAAGUAGGCGUGUGGAGAAGCAUUUGUGGUUGUAUGGAUUCGCGUGUGAAUGUCUGUGGAUACACGUGGGCGUGUGUUGAAGCAUGUAUGGCUUUAAGUGGCGUGUGUGCAUUGAUAUGUAUAGCCAUAUGUGAGUGCCUGUGGAUGAGUGGCCUGCUUGGUCAGUCAGCUGGCACUCCACUUCCGGAGUACUGUUACAGUUACUCCUAAUAGUGCUUUCAUCCACGACUUUGCCCAUAGAAUUGCUCCUAAAAGUAAUUCUAGACUAUUUUUGGACAUAAUUAAGAGCGGCAUGUCAUUUCCGCACAUGUCGAUAAUUUAGCGAAUGUAAAUCAAAGCGCCGCUCGCCCUGCCCGGGCUGACAUGCUGCUUCUGAAGAUGGACGCUGAGGACGGCAGCUGUUCAGGUGUGAAAGAAAUUAUUGCAGCUAUGAAACGUUGCUCCUUAUAAACCUGACAAAGGAAAGAAAACAGAUACUAAAGGAUAAAUAUGAUCCGGGAAUGACCUCCAAGCAAAAGAAGACUGUGUGGGCAGACAUUGCUGCCCAUCUAAAUUACGCAGCAUGGUCCGACACAGCAGCGUCGUGAGGGUGCAGAGGGAGGACAGCGGGCGGAGUCCCUCAUUCUCUGAUGGACACAUGGUGGUGCAAUCCUCCAGGCCUGCGUGGCUCAGGCUCCUGCGGAAGUGGGGGCUGCAGCUGCUGGUACUGACGGCGGUGGUGGUGGUGGCGGUGGUGGUACCAGUGGUGUUGUCCCUGUCUCAGAGGCGUGAAGUACCCGCCGGCCGCCUCUCCUGCCCCAGAGUGACGAAAGACGAAUGCGAGGAGGUAGGCUGCCUCUGGGACGCGCGGGAAGAUGAUGUGCCAAGCUGUUACUUCCCGCCCCCCUCUCUCCACGGGUACUCGGUCACUUCCCUGCGGAACAACACCUCUUCGGGUCGUAUAGUGGCCCAAUUGACGCUCAAGAACACCUCAGCGCGGGUAGUGCCUGAUCUGAAGGAGACGCUUACGGUGGAGGUGACCCAGUAUAGUGCCGAGGUGCUGCGUGUGAAGGUAACAGUGCCAGAAGAGGAGCGUUAUGAGCCCCCAGUGCCUCUGCAGUUGCCGGAACCCCCGACACAACAUCAGCAGCAGCAGUCUCUGUACCGUGUGACCUUGGGGGAGGAGGGCGGUAACUUCAGUCUGGUGGUGCGCCGCCGUGAGGGUGAUGCUGUGCUAUUCGACACAGGCGUGGGUGGCUUCACCUUCGCCGACCAGUACCUGCAGGUGGCUACGCGUCUUGCCUCCCGUAACCUGUAUGGCCUCGGGGAGUCCCACCACCAGUCCCUGCGCCAUGACCUUCAUUACCGCACCUGGCCCAUGUUUGCGCGCGACCAGCCACCCGGGCCGCCUGGGGAGAACCUGUACGGUGUGCACCCGGUGUACAUGGUGCUGGAGGAAACGGGCGAGGCACACAUGGUCCUUUGGCUCAACAGCAAUGCCAUGGAGGCUGAGACGCUGCCUCUGCCGGGUCUCAUCCUGCGGGCCAUUGGUGGGGUGAUGGACCUGUACUUCUUCCUGGGUCCCACUCCCGCCCUGGCGCUGCAGCAGUACACCUCUGUCAUCGGCCGCCCCAUCUUGCCCCCUUACUGGGCCCUCGGCUUCCAACUGUGUAGGUAUGGCUACAACACCCUAGACAACCUGAAGGCAGCCGUCUCCCGCACAAGACGACAAGGUAUUCCUCAGGAUGUGCAGUACGCUGACAUCGACCACAUGGAUCACCGGCUGGACUUCACAGUGGACCAUGUCAACUUUGCCGGACUUGAAGAUUAUGUGCGUGAGGUGAAGAAGGAAGGACUGCGCUUUAUCAUCAUCCUGGACCCGGCCAUCAAUGCUGAGAUGGGGGAGGAGUACCCUGUGCACGUGAGGGCGAAAGACAGGGACGUGUACAUCACCUGGCCGCCUCACCUGGUGCCCGAACAGAACUUUGGUGCUGGGGACGUCAUGCUGGGCUAUGUGUGGCCAGACAACCGCACGGCGUUCCCAGACUUCUUCCGCAGCUCCACGAAGGCAUGGUGGAAGGAAGAGAUAAAGCUGCUGUAUACUUCACAGGGCCUGAAAUUUGAUGGCUUGUGGAUUGACAUGAAUGAGCCAGCCAACUUUGGAACCAACGAGAAGCAGCCAUGGAACUGGCCUGAGGAGAGGCAGCCGUGGAGUCUGACCUGCCCCAACACCACCCUGGAGGACCCCCCGUAUCUGCCCGCUGCCGUCACCGUGUGGGGUGGAAACAAGCGGCUGUCAGACAAGACAAUCUGCAUGGAGGCACAGCAGGGGGAGCACCGAGAGUUCAGUCACUAUGAUGUCCACAACUUGUAUGGCUGGUCACAGGCUCAACCCACCCUGGAGGCGCUGCAGGCUGUGACAGGGAAGAGAGGCAUUGUGGUGAGUCGCUCCACGUUCCCCUCCAGCGGGCGUUGGGCGGGGCACUGGCUGGGCGACAACUCAGCACGCUGGGCAGACAUGCACAAGUCCAUCAUUGGUGCGGUGGAGUUCAACCUGUUUGGAAUCCCCUACAUUGGUGCCGACAUCUGUGGCUUCUUUGGGGACACAACAGAGGAGAUGUGUGGGCGUUGGAUGGAAGUGGGUGCCUUCUACCCCUACAGCAGGAACCACAAUACUCUGGGCGCUGCUGAUCAUGACCCUGGACUGUGGCCCAGUGUGGCGGCGGCAGGCCGGGCAGCGCUGACGAUCCGGUACACCCUGCUGCCCUACCUGUACACCCUGCACCACCUGGCUGCCACACAGGGCCAAUCUGUCAUCAGACCUUUGUUCUUUGAGUUUCCCAACACCUCGGCAACUUGGGACGUGGACGACCAGUUCCUGUGGGGGCCGUGGCUAAUGGUGGCGCCCGUGCUGGAUCAGGGUCUGGUGGCCCGGAAUGUGUACUUCCCACCUGCCACCUGGUAUGACUACCACACGGGUCAGGCAGUGGAGGGCACGGACAACACACAUCGGGUGGCAGCGCCGCUCAGCCACGUGCCGCUGUAUGUGCGGGGUGGAGGCAUUCUGGUGACACAGCGACCUCACGCCAACACCAUGCUUUCCAGGAGGGAGCCACUGGGCCUGGUGGUGGCGUCCAGUGAGAGUGGUGCUGCACAGGGUUUUUUCUACUGGGAUGAUGGCGAGGCAAUUGAUCCUAUUGGAAGCAGCCAGUAUUUCACAGCAGAAAUAGUGUACUCUGAGGAGUCGGUGGUGUGGACGGUGAUGCACUCGUUGCUGUCUGACGCGGCCCAGCUGGUGCUUUCUGAUGUGACAGUGUUUGGCGUGGCGUCGCGGCCUGCACAGCUGCUGCUGGACGGCAGGAGGUGGACCACUGGGGAUUGGCACUACAACACCGCCACACAGACACUGAAGAUGUUUGACUUGAGUCUGCCUAUCACCAAAAGCUUCACCUUGUCAUGGAGCAACACAGCCAGUUUUGUGCUGCCCUGUCCCGUCUCUUACCAAGAUAGACAGGAUGACUCUCCCGUCACCGAGGAGCAGUGCUACGCCAGGAACUGUGUGUGGGAUGAGACAAGCCAAGUGCAGUGUUCCAUCCAGCCCCAUGAUCAGUACGGCAUGGAGUUUGUUGACGGCCACAUUACGCCCACUGCCACUGGUUUCAAGACACGCCUGUGGUCGCGUGGUCUUCCCCUCUACCCCGGAGGACCAAGGGAUGUCAUAUUUGAGGCUUUCCAAUAUUCCGAUUACAUGUUGAGAGUGAAGUUCUAUGCAGCUGAUGAGGGUCGCUUUGAGGUGCCGGUGCCGCUGGACCUGCCCCAAGAGGGACUGGACAAUCCGCUGUACCGCCUCGUGCUGCCGGAUGAUCCUGCACCGGGGAAGCCGUUCUUCUUCUAUGUGACCCGGCCAGAUAGCGGCACCGUGCUGUUUGACACAAGGAUUGGUGGCCUGACCUUCACCGACCAGUUCCUCAGCAUCAGCACAACACUGCCCAGCAAGAAUGUGUACGGCCUCGGGGAGAAUGCACACGACUCCUUCCGACACACAAUGGACGGCUCAGUGUGGCCGCUCUUCUCCCGAGACGAGGGACCCGUGCCGCAGGCUGGAAAGCAGGUCAACCACUAUGGGGUGCAUCCAUUCUAUGAGUGUGUGGAGAAUGACGGCCGGGCCCAUGGUGUGCUGCUCCUCAACAGCAAUGCAAUGGACUACCAGCUGCUGGACUACCCUGCCCUCACCCUACGUACCAUCGGCGGCAUCCUGGACCUGUUCCUGGUGGCCGGACCUCAGCCGGAGUCGGUGGUGAGCCAGUACACGCGGCUCAUCCACCGUCCCAUGCUGCCUCCUUACUGGGGUCUUGGAUUCCAGCUGAGCAGAUACGGCUUUGAGACGCUGAAGGACCUGCAGGCAGCUGUCAACAGGACAAGAGAUGCUGGCAUCCCACAGGACGUGAUGUAUGGAGACAUCGACUACAUGGACCGCAGGAUGGACUUCACUGUGGAUCCUGUGAACUACCGCGGCUUUGAGGACUACGUGAGCCAAGUCAAGGAAGACGGACUGAGGUUCAUUGUGAUCCUGGACCCCGCCAUCAAUGCCGAGCUACCAGCAGCUGAGUAUCCGCCACACAACAGAGCAAUGGCGGCUGGUGCCUACAUCACCUGGCCCGAGAGAACCAGCCCCACGGUGAUCCAGGGCAACAAUGGCGGUGGUGCACUGGGCUCCGUCAUGCUAGGAUAUGUGUGGCCAGACAACAAGACAGCCUUCCCCAACUUCUUCAGUACUGCUGCUCAGGAAUGGUGGAUUGAGGAAAUUAAGACUUUUUACAAUGAGAAAAUCAAAUUUGAUGGUCUUUGGAUUGACAUGAAUGAGCCAGCUAACUUUGGGACCAACGAGGAGCAGCCGUGGAACUGGCCAGAGGGAAGGCAGCCAUGGAGUCUGUCCUGUCCCAACACCACCUGGGACAACCCGCCCUACGUCACAAAGGCAGUGACAGUCGGCCCCACACACACCAUGGCGGACAAGACACUGUGCCUUUCUGCGAGUGAGGCACCGUACAGACACUAUGAUGUCCACAGCCUGUAUGGUUGGGCCCAGGCUGAACCAACCCUCAGGGCGGUGCAGCUGGUGACUGGUCGGCGAGGACUGGUGCUAAGCCGCUCCACCUUCCCAGGCAGUGGGCAGUGGGCUGGUCACUGGCUGGGGGACAACCGCUCCAACUGGACAGACAUGGCUCACUCCCUCAUAGGUAUGAUGGAGUUCAACCUUUUUGGGAUCCCCUACAUUGGCGCUGACAUCUGUGGCUUUUUUGGGGAGGCAGAGGAGGAGAUGUGCCAGCGGUGGAUGCAGGUGGGCGCCUUCUACCCCUUCAGCAGGAACCACAAUGUCAAGGGAGCCGUGGACCAGGAUCCAGGUGUUUGGGGGGAGGCUGUGGCCAGAUCUUCACGGAAAGCUUUAGAAAUCCGCUACCGCCUCCUGCCAUACCUGUACACCCUCUUCUUUGAGGCACACACCCGUGGCACCACCGUGGUGCGGCCGCUAGUGCACGAAUUCUCCAGUGAUCGUCAUACACUGGGUGUGGACGACCAGUUCCUGUGGGGUGCCGCCCUCAUGAUCUCCCCUGUCCUGACCCCCGCCACCACACAGCGACAGGUGUACUUCCCCCAGGACGCUUGGUAUGACUACUAUUCGGGUACACCAGUCCAGUUUCCUGGUGAAAAAGUAACCAUCCCUGCCCCGAGGGACACCAUUCCUCUUCACAUCCGGGGGGGCCAUGUACUCCCCACACAGCGCCCUGCUCAGAACACAGCGGCUGCUCGCCACCUGCCCAUGGGACUCAUUGUGGCCAUAGGGAGGGACCGCCGGGCAUCUGGUCGGCUGUUUUGGGAUGAUGGAGAGUCUAUCAACACAGUGUCUGAAAAGAAAUAUUCCUUGGUGCAGUUCUCCUUUGUUCAGCACACACUGACAGGGGUGGUGGAGACCAAUGCCAAUGAGGACCUGAAGGGCCUCACCCUGGCUCACCUGGAGUUCCUGGGUGUGGAGCAGCCACCCUCUGCAGUGGUGUAUCUUGGCACCAAGGUUCCAGAUUCAGACGUCACUUACGAGGCUGCCAGUAUGAGACUCACAGUGAACAUUGCCCAUCAGCUCAAUGUUGAUUUUGAACUUGAGUUGAAGGAUAUAUGGCAGUAUGAGGUCAGCAUGAAGUGACUGGUAACUCUGAGGGAGACAUCAGGCAAGUAAGGCUGUCACACAUCAGUUCACUUCACUUCACAAUCAUCCUGCUGUCAGAUAUCUUGUCAAAUUCAAUGUGGCAUGGGUUUCUCAGCCUAUUAAAAAAAAUACAGGUGACUUAGUUUAUACCUCUUAUUUAUUUAUUUUAUUUAUUUAUAAUUUUUUUACAUGAAUUUAACACAACUUAAAAUAUCUUAGAAUUGAUUGAAUUAACAUGAACAUUUUCCCUCAGUACAGAGUUAACCAGUAUUCUCAAUUAUUCAUUCCCUUUCUCUUGUAAACUGGAACUCCCUGCCUGCUUCUGUAUUUUUCUCCUUCCUGUGAUGUCAAAAUGUUUCAAGACACUUAUCUUCUAAAUUUGGACCUGGUUUCUGGAUUGGCACCCUAGUGGGCCUAUUUUCCUCUAUUUUUUCAUUGCCCUUGGCCACUGCCCCUCAUACAUAAAAAAAAAAAAAAAAGGAAGGGGAGAUCAUUAGUCUCACAGGGAAUUCACAGAGCCUAAAUAAAUAAUAAGCCAUAA